AUGCUGUUGCUCUCAACGCUCAUUCGGGCAUGGGUAAAACUGCGAUGCUCAAGGACCAUUUUGCUAAAAAGUCAUCCUCAAAAUGCAACUGAUCAAGACGACCUUUUUGAGGUAGAAGAGGAAUCGGUAACUCCAGUCCGUACACGUACUAUCGUACGUGACGCACCCCUCAGAGCAUCUUCAUUUGUACCAGACGCGUCUGAAAUUGCGCUCAUGAAGGCGACCGCUCGAGCUGGGCUCGAAAACGCUAGAGCCGAUGCCAAAGCCGAAUUCACUGAAGAUGUUAAGACCGAACUCCGAAAGGAAUUAGCUGAGAGCAUCAAGGUUGAACUCAGAGAAGAAUUGGUUGAAAGCACCAAGGUCGAGCUCAGAGAAAAAUUGGCUGAAAGCGUCAAGGCCGAAAUCGAGGAAGCACUUUUAACAUCUUCCACAAUUCUCGGUCAAGAUGUUCAAACUACCCAGGAAUCUGCCCUGGCUUUUGAGGGACAAGAGAACAGCCUCAAUCUUGCGAGUAUUGUCACAUUCGAUCCUGCAACUUCUACAUUUGUACACGAGACCGCUAAUCGUGAUGGAUCAGCCAUGAAUGGCGCAUUACUUGAUGAACAAACUCCAAUCCCAGUGAUUGUUAGGAAGGGAAAAUCACUUUCUAGGUUUAAGGUUUACUCUUGGUCAAUAGUUGUCCUCAUCCUUUUGUUGACCCCUUUUCUUGUUAACUACUUUGGAGGCCCUGCCAUCUCCUCUACCCCAGGGGUCGUCCAAUUAAUUGAUGCACCGAGACCGGCAAUUAUCCCAGUUGCUACAAUAAACGCAUCUCAUUUUGCGACGCGCACGAUAUCUCGAUUAGCGGUGAUACCAGCAACGGCUUCAGCUUCUGUACAAAUCCCUCAGGUCACAACAGUUGCUGUUCUUCCUGAAUAUGAUUAUUACCUGACCCCGAUUUUAUACCGAAGUGGAAUUUUCCACUUACACCGAUUCGUCGUCAAGGUCAAGUCAGUCGUCGCUACCUGGGAAGCUUUCAAGACUUCUUUUGAACGUGUUGCCAGUUUUUUUUCUGGCAAGCAUUAA